ACUUUUCAUGGUUCUGUGCUAUUAUAUUAUUAACUAUUUACCAUAAUAAAAUAAUAUGUUCAUGGCCGUAAAAUGUUUUGUGUUAUGAGUUAUGACUCAUUGAUUUUUAUCUCUAUAAGUUAAAUAAUAUAUUUAAUUCGUGGUUUUAAGUUUAACGCCCGUGGUCUGUAGACUGUAGUUCCGUACUCCGACGACCGACAAUCCGACUAGAAUUGUGAUUAUUUAAUUUAUUGCCGUUUGACGAUUUACGAUGUUUUCAUCGGACGCCAAUUAUUCGAAACUGAAGACCAACUUGAGAUUGGCGCUAAAUCGCCUGAAGUUAUUGGAAAAGAAGAAAACUGAACUAGCUCAAAAAGCGCGUAAAGAAAUUGCAGAUAUGGUAGCAGCAGGGAAGAGUGAACGUGCCAAAAUAAGAGUUGAACAUAUCAUACGCGAAGACUACUUUGUUGAAGCACUAGAAAUUGUCGAGAUGUUUUGUGACGCUUUGUUAUCCAGAUUUGGUCUCUUACAACAAUCAAAAAUUUUGGAUUCUUCCCUUCAAGAAUCAGUUUCCAGUUUAUUAUGGGUAGCUCCUCAUAUUCAAGCUGAUAUUAGUGAAAUGAAAGUGAUAUCUGAUCAAUUAACACAAAAAUUUGGUAAAAAGUAUACUGAGGCAUGCAGAGCAGAAAACAUGGAUACUGUAUCUGAAAAACUCAAGCAUAAGUUGAGUUUAAGGCCACCGCCAAAGAUAUUAGUGGAGAAAUAUUUAAUUGAAAUUUCUAAAAAUUACAAUGUGCCCUAUGAACCUGACUUACAAGUCAUGCAAGAAUAUGAACAAUCUCAUAGUAUAGAUUCUAUACUUUUUGAUGGUAAAAAUUCAAAUAAUGAAAAUGCCACACGGCCUACAGGGUUUAUUGGUUUUCCAUCACAGCCCAUGGCUCCAAUUCAGGCGCCACCCAUAAAUUAUCCGAAUAUGCAGACUAUGAGUUCUAUGUUAGAUUCAGUUCCAUUGGAUUUUGAAAUACCACCUUCAUUACCUACAGUGCCUACACCUACUUUGCCUACACCUAAACAGCAGCCGAUUCCAAAACCACCAGCAGCUAAUAUAGUUAAACCUGUUCCAAAAAAUCCAAUUUUUUCCAAUAAAAAUAUGGGUUUUUCAAACUUACCUGACCUGCCUAGUGUACCUACAGAUAUACCUACUGGUGAUGUUAAAGAUAAAGAUGAUGACGAAGAAACUGAUUUUGACGAAUUAUUAAAUCGAUUUGAGGAUUUAAAAAAAAAUAAAAAAUAAGUAUUUUAUUAUAUUUAAUUUAUUAUUAUUAAAGUUGUAUUAUUGUUAUUAUUAAAUUCACAAAAUUAAAAUCUAAAUAUAUAUAUUCAUUAG